GUGGUCUUCAAGAUCUGUCAGAUACCAGAUACCUCUCCUCGAUCAGCUCUCUUAUUGGUCUCUCGGCAGCAUAGGAUACUUUCCACGUACAUAUACAAAAAAUUUGAAGUCUUAGAGUGAGUCACCAUGGGCUUCUUUAGUCGAUCCAAGAAGAGACCAGCUCUGGAGAGCUCGCCAUCCAAGGUUGGCCAGUUCGUACCACCAAAUCCAUCUCAAUCACAAGUACCACCACAACAACAAUGGCAUUAUAACGACAACCCAUAUACUACUCCAUCACCAAGACAGUCUGCUGGCUAUCUGGCACCUCCGCCACCAUUGCCGCCGCCCCCUAGUUGGAGUAAUACGCUACCUUGCGGAUCAACUCCUCCCCCUCAGUACCAAAGUCAACAGCAGUAUCUCCCUAUCGUUGUAAACCAACACUACUACUUGAGCCCUUCGGCGUCUCACCAACCGGUAGCAAGCCCGCACCCUCAUAGCAAUGGGGUCUGUACCGUUAGCAAACUCAACCUUAGCUCGGCCGCCAAUGUAGUAGACCAAGUGUUCCCGGGAAACAUGGGCCAUCAAAUAUUAAAUGACGGUCUCCCAAAAUGGCAUUCCUAUGGCACGCAGAUGCUUAACCAAAGCGCUGCAAUGUACGACCAAAUAUGUAGCAGCUUCAACGAUGUGAUGACAUUGAUCGAUCGGGAUAAGUACAUUGGUAAUGAGAAUGAUCUAUUCACGUAUCAGUCUCAUCCGGUGCCCCCGCCUUCAGCCGAGGUACGUCAACAUGCCGUCGUACAUAAGGAGCCUGCGAAGAAGGGGAAGAAAGGAACCCCAAAGGAAGUCUCCAAGGGACAAGCGAAUGCAAUAACGUCGUCACUUGCUUCUCGGGGCUACUUCGCCAAGGUAGAAUUAUAUGCAAACUCAAAGCUGUCGUCGAAUUUAACUCCCCUCUGCCUCCAUAUACCGACAUAUCGCCUAGUAUGUCUAGCAGCGCAGUACUCGGAAAGAGUGUAUGAUAACCCGCGAGGGGCAGAACGAGAUGCCCACGUCGAUGCUGAUUGGAGAACCGGAGCUAAGGCUAUGCGCAUCAAGUCUGUUCCAAUGGAUCAUAUGAACACUAUUGUGUUUGCUAUUCGAGGAACAGCGACUUUUAUGGACUGGUCUGUCAACUUGAACACUGCACCAACGGCGCCUAAAGGAUUCCUGGACGAUCCGAACAACUUCUGCCAUGCAGGAUUCCUAUCUGUGGCUCGAAAGAUGAUCUCUCCAGUAGCCGCCAGGCUCCGCCAUCUUUUAGAAGAGGACCCGCGACGAUGUUCAUAUUCACUUCUAAUCACUGGCCACUCAGCUGGAGGCGCUGUCGCGUCUCUUCUUUACGCGCAUAUGCUUUCGAUUUCCAAAGCCGCGUCAUCGGAGCUUAACAUUCUAACGGGCUGUUUUAAGAGAGUGCAUUGUAUCACGUUCGGCACACCUCCAGUCUCACUAUUACCAUUGCAGAAACCCUCUGGUUCUGAAUUCAAGAAGUUCGUGUUCCUAACUUUCGUUAAUGAGGGUGACCCGGUCGCGAGGGCCGAUAAAGCCUACGUGAAAAGCCUUCUUGAACUUUUUGUUGCGCCAGCUCCAGUAGAAGCCAAGGAGUCCAGCAAGCAUCCUCCACCGUUGAAAAGCUCAUCGCCAAAGCACGGAAAGACGCAUGGCACCGGCUCUAAUACGUCUCUCAUUUCAAAAACGUCCAAGGUUUCGGUGAAAUCCAGCCGUUCUUCACCCCGCUCACCCCCGAAGUCAAACAAACCGAAAACCCCAGGUCCGAUAUGGGACGUUCCGCCAAGUACUCUAAGUAAUGCGGGACAAAUUGUUAUCUUGAGGUCAGGAAAUUCAAACUCCAAAACUAAACGAGCGAAGACCGUCGAAGAACGACUAAGUGAGGGGGUCGUCGCACAGGUUGCAACUGACGAGCAGUUAAGAGGCCUUAUCUGGGGCGAUCCCGUCUGCCAUGUUAUGAAAUUAUACAUCGGCCGAGUCGAGCUGCUUGCAGUUGAGGCUGUCACUGCGAGAAAGUAUUGAAGUCGAGGGGGGUAGGUAUAUUACAGUAUUGGUUAUCUAUAACCAUGGAAUGACUUGAUCUAAUGACUUUAACGACGUAUUAUGAUAUAUCCAC